UUGAAUUCAUAUUUUUUAAAUAAUAAAAACAUAAUUAAGAUGCCAUUUUAAAUGGAAAUUCACAAGAUUAAUUCUAUCAAUGAUUUUGUCAUAUUCCAGGUUUACAUAUCAACGUCAGACGUGCAAAUGCAUGCAAACUAUCAUAGGAAGGACAGUGCCAUUCUCCAGGAGGGCUUCCAGAGGUUCAGAGCGACGGAGAGCUGUGCAGCACCUCACUGUAUCUUUGCUGGGCAGAGGACGACGCAUUUCCAUUGUCGAAGACCUGGAUGCACAUAUACUUUUAAGAACAAAGCCGAUAUGGGUAAGUGUUUUAGAAUUAUUCACAUGUUAAUCACUAGGUUUAAUAUGAAUUUAACCAAACAGUAUCAAUAUGAUCGGUACAUGGCUCUGUGCUAGAUGUACACCUCCGUAGCCGAGUGGUUCGCACGUCAGUUUCAAGGUUUUGCCAUCUGUGAGGUCCCGGGUUCGAUGCCCGGUCAGGUCAAUGUAGAAAAUGAACUUUUCCAUAUUGUCUUGGGUCUGGAUAUUGUGGUACCUUUGUUGUCUCAGAUACUCCAUAAUACGGGGGUUUUAGCUACUCAACUUGGAAUCUGAGCAAUUUAUGUGAUGUUGUUUAAAAGUAAAGUAAAGUAUAUAUAAAUAUUCGAUUGUUUUGUCCUGUAUUGGUGUACAAUAAAGCAUAUUUCAUUCAUUCAUCAUAAACAGACAUUUUAAAAUGGCAUCACCACUAAAUAUCCUGUACG